AUGCCUAACACAAAGACUGUUCGCGUUGCUCACUUGGGAGGCAUCGAUGCCGCUUAUCAGAUGCCAUAUCCCUAUGACAGUACCAAGCCCACAGUGGUUCUUGUCAACUCUUUCACUACGUCUUCUGAGCUGUACAGAGCUCAAUACAACGACAAGAAGCUGACAGAGAGUGUAAAUCUACUCUCCAUCGAGCUCCUGGGCCACGGCCAGACGCGGACAGCCCGCCAGCACUGGGCCUAUUGGGACACAGCUGAGAUGAACUUCCAAGUGCUUGACGCGCUUGGAAUUGACAAGGCCUUCGUGCUCGGCACGAGCCAGGGUGGCUGGAUCACUGUGAUGAUGGCGCUAAUGCGGCCUGAGAAGAUUCUGGGAAUCAUCCCCCUCGGAACCUCGCUGGACUCUGAAUCUGAGCGAACUCGGCUGCUAGGAUGCUGGGACGGACCCAAACUCCUCAAGCCCUUCAUUGAGCAGUGGUCGAGCAGGGAACCAACCCCGGACUUUACCCCAGACAAUGACUACUGCGACGUGCUAAUCAAUAUCGGCUUCAAUGACUGCUCCACUGAAGUCCGUGAUUUCUGGCGCUCCACGAUCAAACAAAAUUACCAGGGAGACGACGGCCGUCGCCGAAUUCGCAUGGCUGCUAUCAAUUUGGCUGAGCGCAAUGGUCUUCACCUGCGACUCCAAGAUGUCCAGUGCCCUGUGCUAUGGCUCCACGGAACGGCAGAUGUUGUCUAUACCGUGGCUAAUGCGAAAGAGGAAAUUGGCCUUCUCACCAAUUCCCCCGAUGCUCAGCUCGUCCUUGUGGAAGGAGGCGCGCAUUUUCUUAGCUGCACAAAUCCCGAUGCAGUCAACAAGGCUCUACUAGACUUCGUGAACAAGCAUAAGUGA